UCCUCCGGGAGAGGGCGGGAAUGAAGUGACAGACAGGCGACUCUACGAAUUGGAGCCUGAAGACGGGGAGCGCCUUGGCGCAGGCGCAUAGGGCGGCGGGCGGGUGGGCUGGCUGCGGUGGACUCGUCGGAGCCGCGGGCGGUCAGCAGGAAUUUGAUUCUGUGGGGCAUGAAUACUAAGCUAUUCAGUUCUGUGCUGUGCUAGCAAGAGCAUCAGGAGAGCCAUGGCUACAGCAGCCGCUUCUCACCUGAACCUCGAUGCCCUCCGGGAAGUACUGGAAUGCCCUAUUUGUAUGGAGUCCUUCACAGAAGAGCAGCUGCGGCCCAAACUCCUACACUGUGGCCACACCAUCUGCCGCCAGUGCCUGGAAAAGCUACUGGCCAGUAGCAUCAAUGGUGUUCGAUGCCCCUUUUGCAGCAAGAUUACGCGCAUAACAAGCCUUACACAGCUCACAGACAACCUGACAGUGCUGAAGAUCAUUGACACAGCUGGGCUCAGUGAGGCCGUGGGCCUGCUCAUGUGUCGGUCAUGUGGGCGGCGGCUGCCCCGGCAGUUCUGCAGGAGUUGUGGUUUGGUUUUGUGUGAGCCCUGCCGGGAGGCAGAACACCAACCUCCUAACCAUGAUACACUGCCUGUCAAAGAGGCAGCUGAGGAGCGGCGCCGGGACUUUGGAGAAAAGUUGACCCGUCUUCGGGAGCUGAUGGGUGAGCUGCAGCGGCGGAAGGUAGCCUUAGAAGGUGUCUCUAAGGACCUACAAGCUAGAUAUAAAGCAGUUCUUCAGGAGUAUGGGCAUGAGGAACGCAGGGUCCAGGAGGAGCUGGCUCGCUCCCGGAAGUUCUUCACAGGCUCUCUGGCUGAAGUUGAGAAGUGUAAUAGUCAAGUGGUAGAGGAACAGAGUUAUCUGCUUAACAUUGCUGAGGUGCAGGCUGUGUCUCGCUGUGACUACUUUCUGGCCAAGAUCAAGCAGGCUGAUGUAGCACUACUGGAAGAGACAGCUGAUGAAGAGGAGCCAGAACUCACUGCCAGCUUGCCCCGGGAACUCACCCUGCAAGAUGUGGAGCUCCUGAAGGUGGGCCACGUUGGCCCUCUCCAAAUUGGGCAGGCUGUUAAGAAGCCUCGGACAGUUAACAUGGAAGAUUCCUGGGCCAUGGAGGCUGCAGCUUCUGCUGCCUCUACCUCUGUUACUUUUAGAGAGAUGGACAUGAGCCCUGAGGAAGUAGUUGCCAGCCCUAAGGCUUCACCUGCCAAACAGAGAGGUUCUGAGGCAGCCUCCAAUAUCCAGCAGUGCGUCUUUCUCAAGAAAAUGGGGGCAAAGGGCAGCACUCCAGGCAUGUUUAAUCUUCCAGUCAGCCUCUAUGUGACCAGUCAAGGCGAAGUACUGGUCGCUGACCGUGGCAACUACCGAAUACAAGUCUUCACUCGCAAAGGCUUUUUGAAGGAAAUCCGCCGCAGCCCCAGUGGCAUUGAUAGUUUUGUGUUAAGCUUCCUUGGGGCUGAUUUGCCCAAUCUCACUCCUCUUUCAGUGGCCAUGAACUGCAAUGGGCUGAUCGGUGUGACUGACAGCUAUGACAACUCCCUCAAGGUAUAUACCUUGGAUGGCCACUGCUUGGCCUGUCACAGGAGCCAGCUGAGCAAACCAUGGGGCAUCACAGCCCUGCCGUCUGGCCAGUUUGUGGUAACUGAUGUGGAAGGUGGGAAGCUUUGGUGUUUCACUGUUGACCGAGGAGGAGGGGUGGUCAAAUACAGCUGCCUCUGCAGUGCUGUGCGUCCCAAAUUUGUCACCUGUGAUGCUGAAGGCACUGUCUACUUCACCCAGGGAUUGGGCCUCAAUCUGGAAAAUCGGCAGAAUGAGCACCACCUGGAGGGUGGUUUUUCCAUUGGUUCUGUGGGCCCUGAUGGGCAGCUCGGUCGCCAGAUUAGCCACUUCUUCUCAGAAAAUGAGGAUUUCCGCUGCAUUGCUGGCAUGUGUGUGGAUGCUCGUGGUGACCUCAUCGUGGCUGAUAGUAGUCGCAAGGAAAUCCUGCAUUUCCCUAAGGGUGGGGGCUAUAGUGUCCUCAUUCGAGAGGGGCUCACCUGUCCCGUGGGCAUUGCCCUCACUCCUAAAGGGCAGCUGUUGGUCUUGGAUUGUUGGGAUCAUUGCAUCAAAAUCUACAGCUACCAUCUGAGAAGAUAUUCUACCCCUUAGAUGACGAGAAAUACCAUUUUCACCUGUAUCCAAGUCAACUUUCCUUCCCUUAGUUUUCAGUUAUUGAUGGUACCAUAGAGUAGACUUGGUGUAUGUCUUUGAUUCCAACUGGCUUGUCCUGGAAUUUUAGAAGCUCUAGUUUUUAGUGUUUGUUAUUCCCUUCUCCCCAUACUGUCCCAAUAAAUUUAGAGCUUUAACAGAUUCCCCAAAUAGGACUCAUGAUGGUGUUAACCGAAGUUUGAUUAGAAAUUAGUCACUUCAUGGCUUCAGUAGAUCUACUUUAGCCCCUGUAUUAUAAAUUUGUCCCUGUAAUGAAUCUUUGUUGAUUUUCUUUUUCCUUUUGGUUAUGAUGUCGUUGUCACUGGUACACUGUUUCUUUAAUAUAAUGUGUUUGAUCUGUGGAACCUCCUCUUUGACUCUGGUUGCAUUCCAUGUGCAUGCUCCAGCUGGAUCUGCUUAGUCUUUCAGUGACAUUUCAGACAUCUACCCCUGCAGCAUGAUAUCUUAGGUUAAUGACCUUUAUCAAUGUGAAAGUACAUUUAUUAAGUGCCACCAAGGUACAGUAUCCCUUAGGAAAAGAAUACCUUUUUGGCUGGGCAAUUUGUGCCAUCUUGGAUUAGUCUAUUAGUGCGGAUGUUCCAGAGAAUGGAUUGAUCCUAGCUGGUUAGUGUUGAAGACUUCAGUGCGAACUAUUUGCCUUUUGAAGGAACAUGUGAAAUUAUGCCACACCAUAGGAAGAUGGGACUAAGCAAAUUUAUAUGCUCAAAUAGCCAGUAAACUUAAGAGUGUCUAGGACUCAUGUUUCAUACUCUUUCUAGCAACCUGUAAUAGAAGUUGUUUGAGGAAUUGUAGGACACAGGCGAUGGCCAACAAAGUGGAGAGGUAGACACAGUCAUUUUCAUUACAAAAACAGACAACUGUUGGGUAUUCUGUAUUUUCCUCAAGUAAGAGCAUAAUAUUUGGCUUUGGAAUUUAUAUCAGUUCUUUCAAGCAUUAAAUAAUUGAUAAUUGUUUCUUUA